GGGGGUGCAAAAGAAGCCUCGGAGGUGCAGGAGAAGCGCCCGAGUUUUAUUACAGUUUUCUCGUAUUCUAAAACCCAAUACUGUUUACAGAUUGUGUUUCUUUUAUGCCGGAUUCAAAGGUUUAUAUCUGAAAAUAAUUCCCAUUCUCCCAAAUUUGUUUCUCUACGGUUUGAAAUUUCUCCAAAACCACAACGAUCUUUUCUUCAUUCUUUGCUUCCUCACACUUACCUCUCCUUCUUCCUAAUUCACCCUUUUUAAAAAAAACCUUACACGUGAUUCCUUCAAGAAAACCCUAGUUAGCUUCCAUGGCGUCCAAGAAGAAGCACUCGGAGGGCAUCGCCUUGUUGUCCAUGUACAACGACGAGGAAGACGAUGAAAUGGAGGUCGACGACGAAGAAGAAGAUGCGAGAAUAGGUAUGGAAGAAGAUGCCGCGGUAGAUGCGAGAUUUGCAGCGGAGGAAGAUUCCGCAAAUAGAACAGCGGUCCUUGAUUCAGGUAAGGAGGGCGCUGAUGAGGGGGCUUCAACACCGCCGAAUAACAAUUUAAUUUCUCCACCGUCGGAGGAACCUAUGAUUAGUCGAAAAGGGGCGCUUACGAUAGUUGAUUACGGCCAUGACGAAGUUGCGAUGUCACCUGAGCCUGAGGAGGGGGAAAUAUAUGGUAGCGGUCGAGUCAUGAUUGGGGAGCAGCUUCAUGUCACCAAUGGGGAUUUGCUGGAGAAGACACUAUUAGGAACAACUUUGACACCUAGCAAUCAAGUUAGCACUCCUCAGUUAUCCGAUGAAGCAGAACUGGGUGAAGGAGAUCAGGAUGAUCCAUUGGAUAAAUUUCUUCCUCCCCCACCAAAAGCUAAAUGUUCAGAGGAGCUACAAAGAAAAAUAAAUAAAUUUCUGGAAUACAAGAAGGCCGGAAAAAGUUUUAAUGCUGAAGUUCGAAACAGGAAGGAUUAUCGAAACCCUGACUUCUUAUUGCAUGCAGUGAGGUACCAGGAUAUUGAUCAAAUUGGGUCUUGCUUCAGUAAAGAUGUAUUUGAUCCUCAUGGAUAUGAUUCUAGUGACUUCUAUGAUGAAAUAGAAGCUGAUAUGAGGCGCGAAAGUGAGAGGAAAGAGCAAGAGAAGAAGAAAGCACAGAAAGUUGAAUUCAUCGCAGGGGGCACGCAGCCAGGAAUUGUAGCUAGCGCUCCUAGGAUUAGCAUGCCUGUUGCAGGUGCUUCUGCUGUGACUACAAGUGGUUUGCCUUUGGUGCCUCCUACUGCUGAUUCUCGGGAUGGUAGACAGAAUAAAAAAUCAAAAUGGGAUAAGGUGGAUGGUGAUAGAAAAAAUCCUCUGCCCUCUGCGGGGCAGGAUUCUGUGUCUACCAUUGGGACUCAUGCAGCACUCUUAUCUGCUGCUAAUGCUGGUGGUGGAUACAUGCAAUUUGCGCAACAAAAACGGCGGGAGGCAGAGGAAAAAAGAUCCAGUGAAAGGAGAUUGGAAAGAAGAUCCUGAGCUGAGCCAUUCAUUGCUACUAAUAUAUUUGUUGUGCUUUCACAGAACAAAACUGGAAUGUUUAGAAAAAAUGUAAUUGAUGUCAUCGGGCCUUGUUCAAUUCAAUAAAAAUAUUGACAAUAGUUGUUGGAUAGAAUCAGUGUUUACAGUAAUUAAGCAGGAAUUUAUGGCAAGAAUUAGGAAAAGACAUUUUUACAAGAAACGAGGUUUAGCAUAGGAAGACAAAAGGGAAUGGUCCCAGUUAGGUAUGUAGCAGGAUACAAUCCAGUGGGAUUGUGGAAAAUUGUUUUGUUCGUAGUGACGGUCAGUUCAAAAAGCAGCACUCUGUUUCUGCUUU